AUGAACCCAGCCAAGUGUGAUGCGGUGGACUACAUUCAGUUCUUGGUGGCAGCCCAGAAGAGAUUUACCUGCAGCGAAGCGGCGCGGUGUCAACCGGAAUCACCGCAAGCUCCAGCCCAUGACGCAUUCACCCGUCUGCUGCGGAGACAGCCCCCCGGCACGGAGGCGCUGUGGCAGGAAACCCGGGGAUUGGUGCGACGGGAGGAGGGGGUGCUGGUGCUGGACGACACCACCCUGGACAAGCCCUACGCCAAGCGGAUGGAACUGGUGUCCCGGCAUUGGAGCGGCAAGCAUAAGCGAGUGGUAUGGGGCAUCAACCUGCUGACCUUGUUGUGGACUGAUGGCAAUGCGCUGAUACCCUGCGAUUUCCGGGUCUAUGACCGUCCCCUAAGCGGACUGACCAAGAACGACCACUUCCGGCGGAUGCUGGAGGUGGCGGAAGGGCGGGGCUUUCAGCCCCGUUGGGUGCUGUUCGACAGUUGGUAUACCAGCCUGGAGAAUUUGAAAGCCAUCAGGGAUAAGGGAUGGUUCUGGCUGAGCCAAUUGCGGUCCAACCGGCGGGUGAAUCCCGAGGGAGCGGGGAACUUGCCCUUGGCCACCGUGGCCAUACCCCAGGAAGGCCGGCAGGUGCAUCUGCGAGGCUAUGGGUUUAUCCGGGUGUUUCGGACGGUCUCCAAAGACGGGGACGUGGAACACUGGGCCACCAAUGACCUGGAAAUGACGGAGCAACAACGGGAAAGCCUGGCGCGCCAAGCCUGGGGAAUCGAAACGUACCAUCGGGGCCUCAAACAAUGUUGUGGCGUGGAGAAAUGCCAAGUGCGUACGGCAGAGGGACAGCGGAAUCACAUCCGCCUGUCCCUCCAAGCCUUCCUGCGGCUGGAAGCCCACCGCUUGAGCGCCGGAGUCUCCUGGUACGAGUCCAAAGCCAACAUCAUCCGCUCGGCCUUACGAGAUUACCUGGCUUAUCCCAAGUACACUCUCCAUCCAACUGCGUAA